AUGCGUGCGAGUAUCGCCAUUGGUCUAGCUGCGGCCAGUGUCGCAAGCGCGGCUCUCACUGCGACGGAGGAUGGCACCUCAAUCACUCUGGAAAAUGAUCGACUCAAGGCCGUUUACGACAAAGAUCGGGGUAGUAUUGUCGAUCUGUACCUCGACGGUCAAGACUUCCUAGGUCCGCAAUCUGGAUCCACUGGGAUUGGUCCCUACCUCGACUGCUACUGCAUCCCCUCCGGUUUCUACACCGCUGGAUCCACGAACCCUCUUACGGAACUCGUCCAGGGCACAGACUCGACUGGCACGAAAUAUGCAGGCAUUAUCUUGAAUGAUACAUACACUCCGACAGGGCAGGAGUUCCAGCAGUACUGGUUUCUCCGCGACGGCGAGACCGGCUUCCACAUGUUCAGUCGGCUCGCGUACUACAACGAGACCACCCCGUUCCUGCGCAACCUGCAAGAGUUCCGGACGCUCUUCCGCCCGAGUACGGACUUAUGGACGCAUCUGACCUCGAGCGACCUGCAGACUGCGCCUUUGCCUAGCGACGAAGCGAUUGACGAGGAGAUUGUUGUUCAGGAUGCGACGUGGAGGUUUAAUAACACGCCGGAUGACGCCUAUGUCCAGCAGUUCUCGGAGUACUUUACCAAGUACACUUUUUCCAACCAAUGGCGAGACAACGACGUCCAUGGGCUUUACGCCGAUGGGUCUACGUCCAACGGGACGACUUAUGGAGCGUGGCUGGUGAUGAACACUAAGGAUACCUACUAUGGUGGCCCAUUGCACUCUGAUCUCACGGUCGACGGCAUCGUCUACAACUACAUCGUCUCCAACCACCACGGCGAAGGCACGCCGAAUAUCACGAACGGUUUCGACCGCACCUUCGGACCGCAAUUUUACCUUUUCAACGGGGGAGAGGCCGAUUCGUUGGAAGAUCUCCGGGAAGAAGCUAGAUCCCUCGCCAGCCCCGGCUGGAACGUGGACUUUUACGACUCUAUCGCAAAGCACGUUAUCGGAUACGUUCCUUCAUCGCAGAGAGGCAGCGUCAAGGGUACCGUCAAGCUCCCUAAGAACGCCAAAAGCCCCAUUGCCAUUCUCACCGUCGACGGCCAGUACUUCCAGGAUAACUCCGCCGUUCCCUCAUCGCACCAAUACUGGACUGACAUCGACAAGAACGGGAAAUUUAGCAUCGACCACGUCGCUGCCGGCAAGUACCGCCUGACUGUAUACGCCGACGGCAUAUUCGGUGACUUUGUCCGUGACGGCAUCGUCGUCAAAGCCGGUAGAUCAACUUCUGUGAAAGACACCUGGGCGGCGGAAUCCGCAGGAACAGAAGUUUGGCGUCUGGGAACUCCAGACAAAUCCUCCGGCGAGUUCCGCCACGGCACAGCCCGCGAUACAACGCAUCCCCUGCAACCCCCCGAGUACCUUAUCUACUGGGGCGCCUACGAUUGGCAGUCCGACUUUCCCAACGGCGUCGACUACACGAUCGGUGAAUCCGACCCAGCAACAGACUUCAACACUGUGCACUGGGCCGUCUUCGGACCUACACCAGACAACCCCAAUGUGGAAUACAACACAACACACGACUGGAGAAUCCACUUCGACCUCACCGCGAAACAACUCCACGCUCACAAGACAGCAACAUUGACGAUCCAGCUCGCCGGCGCCAAAGCCGCAUCCGGAAACACAGACGUGUACAACGCGUCUGAACCGUACAUCAAUCUCCCAUUGGAGAGCUACAUCAACGACCAGGAGGAACCGCUUACACUUCUCGUCGGCUUCAACCAGUCGAGUAGCUGUAUUGUGCGCUCAGCUGUGAGCUGCUAUCAAGUUCGUGAGCGCUGGGAGUUCCCCGUGGAUUGGUUGAAGGAGGGCGAGAAUCUGCUUACCCUGCAUUUGCCGGAGAAUGGGACGAACUAUGAGAGUGCUGUUCUCCCGACGACUGUUUAUGUGCAGUAUGAUGCGCUGAGGUUGGAGUUGAAGUAG